GAGCAACUUCGCGCGAUGCAGUACGGUGGCAGACGUUCGCUAAUUAUCAAUAGUGUGAUGACGCGACGCCUUAGUACAAAUGGCGGGUAAUAAAACAGCUGUUCACGCCGCCGGAUCGACAUCUAGCGGAGCGCGGGCGCGAUCCGGCGCGCGUCGGCGACGACGUCGACGUAGGAUACGUCGUGUCGAGGGACCUCGUAAACGGGGAGUGAGAAGACGAGCCGCAACAGCAGUGCUCGCCGGUGACCUUUUGAAGAGGAACAUGGCCGCUGGUUGUUGUGGCGCGAAGAAGCAGAGGCUGGGCGGCGGUGGCGGCGGCGGCGGCGCGACGUCAAGCCUGUCGCCGUGCGAUGGUACCGUCAUACGACACGGUGUAUCGAGAAAGCCUAUGACAAUCGCCCAGCCGGAGAUGGGAUUCUUUUGCUUCGACGUGCUCUACUGCCAGUUGCAUCAAUUGGACCCACCAAAGACGCCUAAUUUCAGCAACGAACCAUUCCCUUUAUUUGUGACAUGGACAAUAGGAAAAGAUAUGAGAUUACGAGGUUGUAUUGGUACUUUUAACGCGAUGCAUUUACAUGCUGGGCUACGCGAAUAUGCUACAACUAGCGCAUUCAAAGACUCUCGAUUUAAUCCCAUAACUCGAGACGAGUUUCCGCGCCUGCAUGUAAGCGUGUCGAUUUUACGACAUUUCGAAGAUGGAGUUGACUAUUUAGAUUGGGAAGUAGGUGUACACGGAAUUCGCAUAGAAUUCUACAAUGAGAAAGGUAAUAAACGGACGGCUACGUACUUGCCCAGCGUGGCUAUGGAGCAAGGAUGGGACCAGAUACAAACGAUAGAUUCUCUGCUGCAUAAGGGCGGCUUCAAAGGCCUAGUCACACCCGAUAUCCGUCGUAGCCUGAAACUGACUCGCUAUCAAAGCGAGGAAGUCACCGUGAGUUAUCAAGAUUACAUGACGCAUUGCCACAAUCGAAGAUGCUAGCAGAUCGCCUGGGGCCCUCAUCAAGGGUCCCUGUUUCAACGGUCCGCUGAAGCUCGAUACAAUAACGCGCAUACAUUCAGUUCUUCUCAUUCACAAAAUGAAAAUAAUACGUGGCACAAUUCCUUCGCGUCCGGUCAGCACAACUCGCAAAUCCUGGCGCAAUCUAAUCGCUCGACGUUCAUACACCCGCUACCCUUGCCCCCAGUUAUGGUACCGGUACGUAAUAAUCCAGCCCCCUGGUGGGACGACGCAGGCCCGUCUUAUCCGCCCGCACCGCUUUACUCUCGAUCGUCGCAUCGCUUUUCGGCGCACGACACGGCGGACCGCGGAAUACGCAAGCGGAAAUGACACUGGAGACGGUGGUUUCUCGCAAUUUUCCACUGUUUAAAGUGGUGCGUGUUUCUGUGUCUCAGCGUACACAGUCUCCCAUUUAUGAUACCACAUGCUCCGUCUUGAGAAUCAUAAUUCACAUAUGAUGGCACCGUCUAAUUGUUCAAUGUUGUGUUAUAUUACAUUGUGACAGAAAUUAUAUAUAAUAUAUUUCAUACUGAUUGAUCAGUAUUAAUAUUUAUAAUAUUUAAUACAGAGAUAUAUUUAAAAUU